AUGGCGCUCCCACUGCCCCCAGGGCUGACCCAGAACGAGGUCGCCUUCCUCGCCGAGAUGGAAAUGGUAACCGUCGUCCCACGUCAGCGCCUGGACAGCAUCGAUCUUCUUGGUGGAAAAACACCACAACUCCGUCCUCCCCACCGCGCCCAACUGCCUCUCUGGCUCGCCCUCCUCCUCAAGAAACAGCGCCGCGCCAACAUCGUUCCUCCAGCAUGGAUGCACCCGGCCUCCCUCGCUGAGAUCAUUCACCGCGAAACAAAAGAAGACCCCGAAGCCUUCUCCGCGCCACCACCUCCGCCCUCGCGCGCCUUAUACUCCCAGCCCGGCACCGCUCGCCGGCUAAACCACCACGCCAGCUAUCUCGAUGACUUUACGCAAUCACAACAAGACUCCCAACAACAACAACAACAACAACAACAACAACAACAACAAGAUCCGAACUCCAUCUUAUCUCCACCCUUCCUUCCCUCGAACGUUGCCGAGUCACCCGCUGGAUACCUCCCCUACCACUGGCUAGAGGUGGCUGAGGCCUUGCUCACGCACGCCGGCGAUGAUAUGCCCGCCCCGGCAGGCGAGGUGCGCUCGUUACUAAGGGAUCUGGUGGAGGUGCGUGCGGCCAAGAUGCGCAGCAGUACGUCGGCGUUGGAGGGCUUCGGUGAUGCCUGGUUGACACUGCGUGGUGUGGGUGCUAUGGAGUUGGCUGAGAACAGAGCCUUCCUGGCGGGCUUGGUGGACGGUGUGAGGAAGAUCGGGGCUAGUGCCGAGGCGACGAGGAGAGAGGAGGAAGAGGAGGCUAGGAGGGGUGGGGAGUAUGGUGGCGAUGGGGAUGAGGAUAGUGAUGAGGAUAUGGGCCUUUGA